UGCUGUAGCGUCACCGAGUGCAGGUCAUUGGAUAGAAAGCUGCAGAGGCCCCUCCUGGGAAAGUCGCGGACGCUGCCCAGCAUCCCGCAGUCCCCGGUCCUGAGCAGGCUGCCCCUCCUGGAGCCCAAGCCCUACAGGGAGGACAUGCCAGAGCAGAAACCCUACAAGAAACACUCGCUGUCUGACAGCCAGAAAGGGUGUACGGUGCCUUCUGCUGGAGAGGCCUGGCGGCUGGAGGACGACUGCAUGGAGCCCCCCGGGAGCCCUGCCCUGCAGCUGCGGCUCCGCACGGCGGUGGACGAGGCUCCGUUCAGCUACUUCCGCGCGCACUCCUUCUACAUGCGGAAAAGCCUGUCGGUCGACAACCACCUGGGCUCCCUCGGCUACGCCAUCCACCCGGCUGAGACGAAGGCCGAGCGCGUUAGAACCAAGCUCCGGAGGCAGUUUAGCCUGGGGUCAGCCGACAAGAAGGACUUUUACCAACCCAAGUCGGAAAGCAGCCUCUCUAGAUUUGCCCACCGCUUGUCGGUUAAGCAGAAGCAGGAGAAGAGGAAAGCUGAGCAGGUCUCGGCCGAGCUGUCUGCCUUCCGGCCCAGGUCCCUGAGCAUUGAAUGGUCAUCCUCCCCAAAAAUGACACAGCAGAUGCGGGACCUCCAGCUGGCACAGGCCAGGAAGCCACCAGGCCCUUCCUCGCCGAAUGCUGCCAAAAGGCUCUACCGAAACCUGUCAGGGAAAUUCCGCGUCAACUACACGUCCUUCGACGAGGGCGGCCUGGCGGGCAGAAGCGAGAAGGAGAAGCUCCGCAAGUCCUACCUGAUCCAGAGCAAUGCCGCUCUCUUUGAGGCCGUGGAGCUGCAGGAUCUGGACAGGGUCCAGGAGCUGCUGAAGCAGUAUAGCCCCGAGGAGCUGGAUCUCAACACCCCAAACAGCGAGGGACUGCUUCCCCUGGACAUUGCUAUCAUGACCAACAACGCUCCCAUAGCCAAGGCACUGCUCCAAGCAGGAGCAAAGGAGAGCCCACACUUCGUGAGCUUGGAGAGCCGCUCCCUGCACCUCUCCACGCUGGUGCGGGAAGCGGAGCAGCGUGUCAACGAGCUGACAGCACAAGUGGUGAACGAGGCUCCCAACGCUGACUGCUCUGAGAAGGAGAAGCAGCUCAAGGCCUGGGAGUGGCGAUACCGGCUGUACAAGCGGAUGAAGGCCGGGUUUGAGCACGCCCGAGUGCCGGACCCCCCCAGCAAUGUCCACCUCUCUGUGGCUAGCAGCUCCUCUGUGCACGUGACCUUCUGGGAGCCCCUGAGCGUCAACUCUGCUGUCGUCACCAAGUACAAAGUGGAGUGGAGCUGCUCCCCAGCCUUCGCACCACCGCUGGGAGAGGCCGUGAUAGACAAGCUGAAAAACCUGCACUUCACCAUCCGGGGACUCGUGUCGGGCACGGCGUACUACGUCCAGGUGUCUGCCUACAACAUGAAGGGCUGGGGCCCUCCACAAAGCUCAGUGCCCCCUUUUGCCAUCCCCUCAAACUGGCGUGAGUACGACGGCCGGGCGCCGCGGCGAAGGGGACAAGCCGAGGCGCUGGACCAGCUGCUCAGCCAGGUGAAGACCGUCCACCAGCACUGCGUUUGCCACGAACCCUGCAAGAACCAGCCACAGAGCCGGAAACACUCGGUCUCCAAGAGCCUCAAACACCUUUUCCACCCUGGCAGCAAGUUCCUCAAGACCCUGAAGCGGGGUCUUUACUUGACUGCUGUCUUCUACAAGGAUGACAACAUCCUGGUGACCCACGAAGAUCAGAUCCCUGUUGUGGAGAUAGAUGACACUUACUCCUGUCUGCUCAUGCAGGAUUUUCUGUGGUUUACCAAGGUGUCGUGCAUGUGGGACGAGGUCCUGUGGCUGCGGCAGUGUGUCACCGUUUCCCAGUCGUCCUGUUCCUGCAUCCUGCAAACGCGCUUCAAGAUGCUGCUGGCCGCCUCGCAAAUGCAGGGGCUGCUGGGAAUCCAGGACCUGGGACAGGUCUUCUUUGAGCCCAUCAAAGACAAGCAGGGCAACAUCCUCAUCGUGACCCUGAAGGAGGUGAAAACCAACCAGACCUUUGAGAGCGUCCGCUGGGUUCCCAUCUGCAAGCUGCAGACGAGCCGCAAGUCCGUGUCAUCGCCAGAAGAGCCCACAGCUCUGGACACGCUGCUCAUCACGGUGCAGGACAAACUGGCUUACCACCGGAGGAGCAGCCAUGCCCUCUCCCCCGGCCUCUACCUGGGCUACUUGAAGCUCUGUAGCGCUGUGGAUCAGAUCCGAGUGCUGGUGCCAGAGCGGCUCCCCAACAUCCUGUGCCACGUGAAGAUACGCUCCAACCCCAACAUUUCCAGGGAGGAGUGGGAAUGGCUGCAGAAGAUGGUCAGCAUGGACGAGCCUGUUCCCACAGAGCCAGAGGCUGACACAUCCCAGAACCAUUUGUUUCAGGAGCUCCAAGUAGCCAUCAAGGAGCUGAUGACCCUGCUCAACAUCCCGUUGCAGGAGGCCAAAGAUUUCCGUCUGUACAGCCAGGAAGUGCUGGAUUUUGGGGGUCAGGUCUCCUUCCUCCUGCUGCUGCCUCCAUCAGAUGACGUCUGCACUGCUCCAGGCCAGAACAAUCCCUAUACCCCUCGUUCUGGCUUCCUCACACUGCCCCUGCAGAUCUUUGAGCUAGUCCACUUCUUCACAUACGACCGGGAGUUCAUCACCCAGUACUGCCAGGUGUCUGCUCUCCUGGAACUGGAGUCGCUGCUGUCUCAGCAGAGCCUCAGGGAGGCCUUCUCUGAUGCAGAGCUCACCACGGCAAAGCAGAGGCACCAGCAGAUCCAGGACUACAUCCAGCAAAUGGAGGAGAUCUGGCGCGAGAUGCGCUGGAUUAUGGAUGCCCUGCAACAUGCCCGGUACAAGCAGCCCUCCUGCGGUGUGUCUCUCAGCGGGUUCCUCAGCGAAUCUAGCAGUGCAAUGAAAGAGAAAACACGAUCCACCUCGUCCCACCUAGACUACCUUCCCUCACCAGCACCUUCACCGGAGACCAGCCGUAAGCACAACUCUGAGUUGCAUGGCUUGUCAGAUGAGGAGGGCUCCUCGGAGGUGUUCCUGGCCACAGACAGUGACUAUGAUUCCAGCAGGGCCCAAAGCCCUAAGGAGCUAGAUUUGGUUUACUCCUCCUCGGGGUCCGAAUGCUGCAGCAGAAGACUUGCCCGCACGCUCAGGGACAGCGCUCCUGAUGUCCUGCAGAGCCACGAACUCAAGACCCCGCCGCUGCCUCCGGAGGAGCCGCGGCCACCCCACGAACUCUACCAGAGCAGGACAGCGGGCCCCUGCAGCCUGCUCAGGCUGGGGACUGGCUCCGCGCUGAGCCCCAAGCACAGCCCGGCCGGGGAGAGCUCUGAGCCCGUCUUCCGGACGCGCUCAGCAGAGUGGACUCGGAGCUUCCAAGAGCCACCAGAGCAGCCAGGAUGCUUGGCCAGCCGAGGGAAGAAGCCGGGCUCUGUCACCUUGCGGGUCUGCCCUCAAUACGAAACGGGACUCUCUAAAGAGACGAGCGUCAAGCUGCACAUCACCAACCAGACAUCUGCUGGGGAGAUCGUGAAGCUGGUGGUGCUUGAGAUGAACGAUGUCUCCCGGCGCGUGCUGGGCAGCGUGGCUGCCCUCUGCUACAGCGAGGAGCAGCUGGAGCACUUUGGACUGGUGUUCGCAUCCCACGACAGUGAGCAGUGGCUCCCUGAUGACUUCUUGCCUCUCUCCCUCCAAACUUCCUGGCCCGAGGGGCAGUUCUACGUGCGGAUCAAGGAAACCUCCCCCCUGGUGUUCCAGUAUGGGCCAGCAACCACUGUAUGA